CGUGGAGCCUCCCGCGCCGCCAUGGAGAAGGAGCCCGGCGGCGAGGACGACUGCGUGGACUCGGGAGCCGAGACGGGCGGGUCAGAGUACAGCCGUAUGUCCUCUACCAGCAGUGAACUUUCUGUGGAGGACGUACAAGACCCGUUCCUUGUUAGUGUACAUAUUAUCACAGACCCAGGUGAAUCCAAGACUCUUCAGCAAGCCAUUGAUAAGCUUCUAGCCUGGAUCCACCCAGACCUCCAGCUGUUUCGAGUCUCAGAAAGACGAGUGCCCAAGAAGCGCAGGAAGCCGGGGAAGGCUGGCAUCUCUCAGCCAGCCCUCGCCAUCAUUCUGUUCCUGCAGGAGGAAUAUGGAGAAGAACCCAUCUUGCAGCUCCACGAAACCUUUCAGCGGCCACCUUGGCAUUACCACCACACAGAGAGAGUGCAUGGGAAGUUCCUCCCUUACAUGCCAUGCAGCCAGGACUUCUACACUUUGGCUCCAGGGACUCCUCUGUGGGCCAUUCGCCCGGUGCACUACGGGAAAGAAAUCAUCCGCUUCACUAUAUACUGCAGGAGUGAAAACUUUGUCGACAUUAUGAAAUUGUAUGAGUUAAUUCUGAAAAGACCUGUGUGUCAGAAAAAAGUGGAUUUCUGUGUUUUUCCUAUCUAUUCUAACAUGGAAAUAGACAUUCAGUUCUCUUUAAAAAAACUUCCCAAGGGCCAGGUGCCAAUGCCGACCGAGUCAGCGGUGCUGGAGUUCAGAGUAAAAGAUGUGGGGCAGCUCGUGCCUCUCUUGCCCAACCCUUGCAGCCCCAUCAGUGAAGGCAGGUGGCAGACUGAAGACCACGAUGGUAAUAGGAUCCUUUUGCAGCAAGCACACAGUUGGUGUAGGAAGUCUGCAAAGCAGAGCAAGCAACUAUAUCCGUCUGUGUCAACAGAUUCCCGCAUCACCACUCUGCCAGCCUCUCUUCCUCAGAUCCGCCAAUCUGUCCCUGAACAACCAAAAGAAAGGGGUCAAAACAAGGUGCAUCACUCUAAUGGCCUUGGUCAUCAUCUUGGUUUCUCUCAGCAGGACCUGAGACACAGUGAUCAAGGAGACUUCACACGCAGAUCCGGCGAUGCCUUCAACAUUUCAUGGUCAUUUCAACGAAGCAAGUCUCUGUUCUGCUUGCCCACAGUUAACUCCUCCACAACCUCAGAGACUUUUCUUUUCAGUGAACCAUUUCAGUUUCUAAAUACUGCAACCAGGUUAAAAACAUGGAGAUGCAGCCCCAGGCUUAAUGUUGAUGACUUGGAGGGUGCACAGGAAACUGAUGUAGACACAGGGAUGAAGUUGUCCUUCUCAGAUUUGUCUGUGGUUUCUGCAUAUUCUGCCCUUAAUGAAUUUUGCAAUGACUUGGAAGCCUCUCUUCCCCCACAGAAACAAACUGUUGGUAAGGCUGAACAGGUGGCCAGCAGUGGAAGGCCUGUAUCAUCCAUGUGCGAUACAUUUGAGUCACUUGACAGUUCACGGCCUUCUCUCUCUGAAUGGUCUUCCAGCACAUCUGCAUCAGCAGUUCUCUCCAAACAGCCCAAACAGUCAUCCAGCACCACUCCUUGUCUAAAUGAUCGUGGUAGUGUUUGCCCAGCUUCACCAGCUAACGAAGAAGAAUUUUACAUCUGAGGUUUCUCUAUCUUACACUUCCCAGGGCAAACAUGUUCUACUUGUGAAUGACAGCAGUGGGCCCACCUUGAGCUUGCAGAAGGUUCCUCACUGAGGAGAAGGAGAUGUAGCAGAGCAUGCUAAAUAUUUGAAGAAAGCUUUUGGAUCCCUCAGAGAUGGGUGUUCCCAAACAGUAAGAGUCUGAGCUUUCACCCUGUCCCUUUGUGCUGGAGAGCAUGAUCAGAGGCUUGUCCACAGCAGUGUGGGGUGGAUGGUUUCUAUGACUGACCCUUGGACUGGUGGUGAAGGAAAUGCCAGAAGAGGCACAUAAUAAUCCAGUUUUCUUUGACAGAAACUGAAGAGCAAUUUGUGACACCCAAUUGCUUUAACUUUUCUGAGAAAUUCCCUUAACUCAGGAAAGUUGGAGGGCAAAAGGGGUCUUCUUUCCCUUUCAUAAGUUCUAAAGUCAGCCCUAAGCCCAGCAGGUCCCAGUAACAUACCUCCAGCAGAGUCAGGCAAGACAUUCUCUGUGAGGAUACAGAGUUCCUUCUGACUUCUGAGAACUGGCAGUGCUGAGUUGAGGAGAAGCUUCACACCUUCACCAGAGAAGAGGAAGUUCCACUGUAUUGUUACUUUGUCAGUCUAGGAUGUGGAGAGUGCCAAAAGGGAAAACCUUAUGGGACGUUUUCAACCCAUCCCCUCAAAAAGCCCAUCCUUUCCAGUUGUAAGGGAGCCAUCUGGGCUGUUGUCUGAACCACUUGUCUAGACAGUGUUAACCCAAGUAAACCACAUUUGCUACUACUAACUCAGGCACUUUUUGGAAUACAAACCAAGGAAGAUAACCCAACAUUUUAAUAUAUUGCUACACCACUAGUCCCAAAUACAUGGCAGCUCCCUAUUUUUUAAGGAGUUGUUAUUUUUCUGUCAAAAAUACUUAACACAGAAACUUAUUCUUCAUCUUUCCAGUGCUUCUUUCUGAGUAAAACACAUUUCUUCUCAAAUACCUCUCUUCAAAGGGAGAACAAGUCAAUUUUUACUGGCUUUUCAAGUGAUGUUUUUGAAAUAUGCAGUCUUGAUAACCUGUUUUGCUCCAAUUCAUUUGGGUUUCUUUUUCUUAAAAAAGAAAAUAAAAAGCUGUUAAUAUAACAGCUAAGUACCUUCACCAGGAUUUAAGUAAUAUAUACAGGUUGUAUCAUGCAUGUUCUGAAAAUUUAAUAUUUUGGCAGACAAGUGACACUGAUUGCAGCUCUUGUCUAGCCAGUGUUAAAAGGUGUAUGUAUAAUGCUGUGUGUAACCUUUGCACAGGUACAGAUGCUGAAGACCUACCAGGAUUUCAUUGUGAUGGAUGGAAUAAAACCACAGUUGUGAAGAAAAAUGU